AUGCUUGUUGGAGAGGAAGACCUGCCCUAUGCCGAACAGCAGCAACAGCACAAUUUGAGGCAAUCACCCCAGCACAAUACAGAGGCAACGGAGAGUGUGGAAUCACCCAAUACAGAGGCAGCAGAGAAUGUGCAGUCACAACAAGCCCCCCUGACCCAACACCUACAAAAUAAAACCAGAAAGCCAAGAUCUCGCUUAAGACUGACUAGUUCUGAACUUGAGGAUAUGGAAAGAACUGUCCGUGCUGUGCUCAACAGAACAUGCUUCAGAACAAAGUAUCCAAAAUUCAGGGACAUAACUGAUGAAGCUUACCCCCUAAUAAUGGCAACUACAAGGCAGAAAAUGUCAAGGCAACAGUUCUACGACAAGGCUCGCAACAUGGGUCUGAGAGAUGGGCUUUGGUGACUGUAUGGUGGAUCGUUCAACAUGUUACAUUCCCUACACAUCAUGAUGUCUUCUACCAGAGAUUACUAGAGCACUCCAGAGUAAACAGAAUAGUUCCAGAUUCUCAGCACAUUA